UCUCCAGCGGCCACCUCCAGUCAGUGCUCAUCUAGACGUGGUCGAGGGAGGGUGUGUGUCAGUGGCUCCUGGAAUUAGUCAGAGUCUAAGUGCAAAUUUCGAGGAAGGAAAGUUACGUGGGAGAUUCCAAGGCCUAAUAAAUUCUCAGGCGGCGCCGCGGCAGCAGGCAGCAGACAGCGCAGCAGGCAGCAGGCAGCAGGCAGGUGCGAUGCAGGGCAGGCCGCCGCGCGCCCUGCAGGCGUAGGGCGGCAGCAGACGCAGGGUGAUGGGCGUGGGCGGCAGGGCGGCAGGAUGACGAGCAGUGACGUGGCUGCCGUGGUGGGCGCCGUGCAGUGGGGGGAGGAGGGGUCGUACCUGAAGGAGGUGGCGGGGCGGUGUCCCAGGCCGCAGCUGGCCAAGGUGAUCAAGGGGCAGUACCUGGGCGUGGGCGUGCCCACCCUGGCCAACCCCUCGCUGGCCUCCACGCUGCUGCUGGUGCCGGCGGGCAAGUGCCUGCGCGUGGCGGCGCAGUGCGUCAAGUUCAAGGAGGGGCGCCGCGUGGUGCCAGCGGGGCCGCGCCUCGCCAUCCCUGAGUCCUACGACGGCUACUUCGAGAUCCUGAGCGAGGACGGGCGCGCCGUGCGCUGCAUGGAGAGCGUGGCGGAGCUGGCGCGCCGCUUCCCGGACUCGGCGCUGGUGCGCGAGAGCGUGAAGGCGUACGUGUCGCGCUCCGACGACGUGGACACCAUCACAGAGAAGGCGCGGCAGGUGGCGGCGGGCGAGACGCUGGUGGUGGUGGGCGAGGUGGUGGGGUCGCGGGGCGGCGCGGGGGGACGGGGUGCGCGCUUCCUGCGGUGCUUUGACCAGGCGGGGCAGAACGUGUACCUGCCGUGGGAGGCGCGCGGCAAGUUCUCCGCCAUCGCCAAGGAGGACAACAUCAGCGGCGUGCACAGCAUCCGCAACCUGCUCAACAAGCGCCUGCCCCUCAUGGUGCGCGUGGUGCACGGCAAGCCGCCCCUCGGCGCCAAGGCCGCCCACCACUUCCUGCCUGAGCUGCGCCUCUUCGCCGCCUACAGCGAGGAGCCGCUGGCUGCCAUGCCGCUGGGUAAGGACGCGCCGCUGCUGCUCGUGCCGCCCUCGGCGCCCCUCAAGCUGGCGCACGCGCGCAACGCGGACCAGGUGGAGAAGAGCAAGGAGUUCCUGCGCCUGUGUGAACGCGCCGCCGCGCUGCUGGGCGAGGCGGCGGACCGCAUGCACGUGUACGACACCACACUGGGGGGCAAGGGCGGCGGCGGGGGGCCGCGCGACCCCCGCUUCGCGCAGUGGCCAGAGCCCUCCAAGCCGCGGCUCAAGGCGCACCACCACCACCACCACCACCCCCGCCAGGCGCCGCGCCGCGCCCGCCCCGCCCCCGAGACACGGCCCGGCGCGCCCCCCGACGACUACGACGAGAUAGACCAGAUCUACGACUACGUGCGUGGCUUCGCGCCCCUGCCCAAGCACAUCAAGUCCCCCUACGCCAGCAGCGACGCCGCGCCCCCCUCGCGCCGCGCCUCCCAGACCUCCGCGCCCUCCACGCCAGACAAGGGGGACGCGCGCCCCACGCCGCCCCCCAUCGAGACCAUCCCCUCGCGGCGCAGCGACCCACGCCCCCCUGAGAAGCUGUCCCCCUCCGUGCAUCCCGCGCUCAUCUCCGCCGCGCUGGACCGCGCCGCGCACCGCAGGGUGGAGAAGCGCACGCGCCGCCCCGAGGACAAGAAGGCGCCCGCCACCGCGCCCUCCACGCCCACCACGCCCCAGGCCACGCCCUCCUCUCCUGACACCCCGGCACCCACGCAGACCCCCUCGCAGCCCGCCUCUCCCCCGCCAGACCUCACGCCCUCCACGCCCACGCCGGCCACCACGCCCACCGCGGCGCCUAACAAGCUGUUCGUGAAGGCGCCGCAGCAACGCCCACACAAGUCCCGCGUGCUGCGCCACAAGUCCGCGUCGCCAGUGAAGGAGGCGCUGCUGGAGGUGACGGGAAGCAGCGCCCCCACCGCCAGCCCCGCCACCAACAACCCAAGCCUGCUGGCCGGGUCUGGGGCGGGCGUGGGGGGCGGCAUGGGCACCUCUUCUCCCUCCCCACUCUUCAAACUCCGCUACAAGUCCCUCACAAGCCUGGCGUUGGACUUUGACACCCUAGACUCCAGCAUCUCUGGGGGAACCUCGGCAGACAGCGGCGGCUCUGGCACCAUCACUGCCAAACUCCCUGAGAAGCGAAGCAGGCGACUCACGCGUCCCAAGAGCCUCACCAACCUAGCGUGGGACUCCAGGGACAACUUGGGGCUUUCAGGGACCUCAAGGGCGCUGCUGGAGGCCGAGAAGCACCUGAGACUCCAGCCAGGGGUGUACCGCCACGUCAGGGACACGCCGGGGAUGCUGGCGGCGACCUCAAGGCUGCUGGCUGGACAUAAGAAAAUUGGAACCUUGUACUUGUGAUGAGGUUACAUUCCAAGAGUUUUUGUGUGAAAGAAAGAAAGAAAGAAAUUAAAGAAAGUGAGAAAUUAAAGAAAGUGAUAAAUGAAAGAAAACGAGAAAUUAAAGAGAAUUAAAGAAAGGGAAAGAAAACAAACAACAAAUAAAUAAACAAAUAAAUAAAUACUCAAGAAAAUAAAAAAAGAAAGAAAGAAAGAAAGAGAAUUAGAGAAAAUUUAAAGAUAGUGAGAAAGAAAGAGAGAAAGAUUGUCUGUGAGAUGUCUUUAAUUAAUGUGUUUGUUCGUUUGUCUGUUAAGUGCGUUGUUUUGCUUCCUCGCUCACAUUAGAGAUAAGAGAGAGAGAGAGAGAGAGAGAGAGAGAGAGAGAGAGAGAGAGAGAGAGAGAGAGAGAGAGA